CAAUAUACGAAUGGCCCAAGGAAGCCAGCAAAUUGAUAUUCAGGUUUUACAUGACCUGCGACAGAAGUUUCCUGAGGUACCUGAAGGUGUUGUAUCCAGAUGCAUGUUACAGGGUGCCAGCAUUUUAAACUCAAUUGGGACAUGGGCAGAGCUAAGAUGAGGGGCAUUGUUUUGCUGGAAUAUGCUCAAUUCUGCCAUCAACCGGUUCUCUGGUCUAUAAAGAACUAGAAGCGGUUGAAACUCUGCCUCUGCCAGCCAGAAGAUGCCAGGGGUUCCAUGUGCCCCCGUUUCCCCCUUGAAUUCUCCAAUUUGCUCGUUGACAUCACUGUAAUUUUGGAACUGAUUGGAUGCAGUCUUUAAAAAAAAAAAAUGUCCAAAGCAAAUGCAUUCAAGUUGAAUAAUAACAAUAAUUUGGAUGCCUGUUGUGCAGUUCUGUCUCAGGAGAGCACAAAAUAUCUCUAUGGUGAAGGAGACCUAAGUUUCUCGGAUGAUUCUACGAUUCCUGGACUACGAAAUCACAUGACAUCUCUUAAUUUGGAUUUGCAGUCACAGAACGUGUAUCACCAUGGAAGAGAUGGAAGAAUGAAUGGAAGUAGGACUCUAGCUCACAGCGUUAGCGAUGGACACCUUCAAACCAAGCAGCCCAACAAUGAACUAUUUCAGCAGGAACCACAGACUGCACCUGCGCAGGUUCCACAAGGAUUUAAUGUCUUUGGAAUGGGUAAUACAGUUAGUGCUUCUAAUCCGGGGCAACAUCUUGGAUUUCACCUAGGCAGCAAAGGAGUAUCUAACUUGUCUCAACAAACACCCAGAUUCAACCCAAUCAUGGUAACCUUAGCCCCAAAUAUUCAGCCUGGCCGCAAUACCCCUACGUCUUUGCACAUACAUGGUGUACCUCCUCCUGUACUUAACAGUCCACAGGGAAAUUCUAUCUAUAUUAGGCCUUAUAUCACAGCUCCUAGUGGUACAGCUCGACAGACACAGCAGCAGGCAGGCUGGGCAUCUCAGUUUAAUCCUAUGCAUCCUCAGCAAGUCUACCAGCCUUCGCAGCCAAGUCCUUGGACUACUCUUCCUACAUCCAAUACCACGCCACAUACCUCAUCGCAACACUCAACGCAGCCAAAUCAGCAAGGCCACCAGACUUCUCAUGUCUAUAUGCCUAUCAGUUCUCCUACUACUCCACAAGCACCUAUGAUUCAUUCAUCUGGUAGCUCACAAUCCUCUGCUCAUAGCCAAUACAACAUUCAGAAUAUAUCCACAGGACCUCGCAAAAACCAAAUUGAAAUCAAACUUGAACCACCACAGAGAAAUAGUUCUUCUAAGUUGCGUUCAACUGGCCCUCGCACCUCCACUACUCCCUCUUCCCUCAACAGCCAGACAUUAAGUAGAAGUCAGCCCACUGUUUACAUAUCGGCCAGUCCUCCAAAUACUGAUGAAGUGAUCACACGUGGUCAGCCUAAGGUCUACAUUUCAGCAAAUGCCACCGCAGGAGAUGAUCAACUUGUGCGGAACCAGCCCACGCUUUUCAUAUCGACAAAUCCUGGAGUAUCUGCCACUUCUAGGAAUAUGUCUGGUCAAGUAAGCAUGGGUCCUGCAUUUAUUCAUCACCAUCCACCCAAGAGUCGAGCAGUGGGCAACAGCACCACUGCAACCUCUCCUCGAGUGGUUGUUACGCAGCCUAACACAAAAUAUACUUUUAAAAUUACAGUUUCUCCAAAUAAGCCCCCUGCAGUUUCCCCAGGGGUAGUCUCCCCAACCUUUGAACCUACAAACCUUCUAAACCUUCCUGAUCACUAUGUUGAACCAGAGGGUAUCCAGCAUCUUACUGACCCUGUUUUAGCACAUGUGGAUAGGAUCAGUGAUGCACGAAAAUUGAGUAUGGGAUCUGAUGAUGCUGCCUACACGCAAGCUUUACUGAUACAUCAGAAGGCCAGGAUGGAGCGACUUCAACGAGAACUUGAGAUUCAAAAGAAAAAGUUGGAUAAACUAAAAUCAGAGGUCAAUGAAAUGGAGAAUAAUCUGACACGAAGGCGGCUGAAAAGAUCGAAUUCUGUUUCCCAAAUUCCAUCACUGGAAGAAAUGCAACAGUUAAGAAGUUGUAACAGACAGCUGCAGAUAGACAUAGAUUGCCUAACCAAAGAGAUUGAUCUUUUUCAAGCAAGAGGACCACAUUUUAAUCCCAGUGCUAUUCAUAAUUUUUAUGAUAAUAUUGGAUUUCUUGGUCCGGUGCCACCAAAACCCAAAGAUCAGAGGUCCAUUGUGAAAACACCAAAGACUGUUCCAGACGCAGAUGAAGAUGAGGGAGCUCAGUGGAGUUGUACUGCCUGUACUUUUUUAAAUCAUCCAGCCUUAAAUCGCUGUGAACAGUGCGAAAUGCCCAGGCAUUUCUGAGCCAACAGGCCCGUUAUCUUCUGUAAAACCACAGCAAACAUGCAAGGAACUAUCCAGUCAUUGGGGGCAGAAAAAGCAUUUAUGUGUAGGAUUUUGUAAAAUUGAAGGCGUGGUGAGAUGGUGUUUUGUAAUGUUAAAUGUCAGCCCACAGAGCUAGUAAUGCCUCAGUGUUGUGUCACAGGCAGUUGAAAUUCAUCGGCUGGAAGGUAAUCUGCUGAAAGACUCAGUUGCCAGCUGCCUAAACCAUGUACAGUAUUACCAUAUCCCAGUAGCACACACCGUGUUCAGUGCUUGGGUGUUGCCCAUCCUCUUCUCUGCCCCGAUGUCACUACUGAAUUUUGACAGGGGAAAGGAAUAGAGUGCUCGCAUUUUUGUUUUCAGAGCUUUCAGUGAAACACUACAUGCACAGAGGAAAUUUAAAAGGAACAAGGUUUAACUGUUUAAACUGUUUGCUGCCACAUAGUGCCUUUGAUAAAGGGAGGAACUUCACAAACCAGUGGUACUCUUUGCCUUGUCUUCCCUGAAAACAUCUCUGUGAAGCCAGAAAUCAGUACGAUCACAGCUAAAGAUGAAAAGGAAAAACUGCAUGCGUUGUCUGUACAAUACACACAGUGAAAUACCCCAAAGCUUUUCCUACUGUACAUAGCUCUAGAGCCUGCUUUAAGUGAUUUCUUUUCUUCACCUUUAUUAUUUUCUUGUACUUCUGUAUGUAUAGUGUAAUAGUCUUUUUGUUAACUUUCUUUUUUUUUUCCCUUUAAGUGAUUAAGCACGAUCAUGUCCCUUUUUUUAAGCUUUUAUCUGAGAGAAACAAUGCCUUAAAAUAAGAGCAUUAAUAAGAAACUAUGCACAAAAUAGCUUUCCUCUGCUCAUUCUGUACAUUGCUCUUGUAAAUGCUGAUGAUCUGUGAAGACCUGCAGAUGCAGCGUGGUAAAAGUGCAGGAAAAGUUGGAAGAGUUAUGCAUAUAGUUCACUCUGUACACUGAGUUUUACGGUGGGUGACACAAGGUAGCAUUUUGUCUGGCGUGAGGAAAUAAACUAAGAAACUUUCAACCCACCAACAGAUCAGCUUCCGAUUUAAGCUUGCUUCAUCUGCUGGGUAUCUUGCAGACUCCUGAAGAGAGAUUCAUUGGGGAAGUACACACAGUGCCAAAUCAACAGCAGCAGCAUCAUACAGCUUUGUUCAAGAACUUUAAAUGCUUUCCUGUUUUGGCAGCCAGUUUCUAAACAUGACUUGUGGUGAAGUCUCAUAUUUAUAGAAAACAAGGAUAGCAAUAUUUAGGACAACUGAAAUAAAGGCUGGAAAAAAGAAAUCAAACAGACUUGAACACUGAAGCAACCUCAAGCAUCUCUUUUUUUGAUGAUCUAUUUUUUUAAGGAAAAUAUUCACAUGAUCGGGAAUGUACGUAACAGAUGGAGAAAAUGGAAUUACAGUAUGUAUGAAAGACAGCACACGAUUAUGUAGCAGCACUUAAAGUGAGGCUGGAGGGAGUGCUAACUAUGUAGCAAGAGACAAAGUAGACUGUCACCCACUGUAAACAUUUGCCAGUGGACAUUUUCAUUAGGAAUUUUACAAGUGAUCUAUGUGAAUACACAAAGGCCUUUGUUUUGAAGGCUUUGCAUUUUUUUAUGUGGGAAGAAAAUGCCAAUCCCAGGUAAUUAGGCAGUAGACCCAAAGCACUUGCAUUCAAUGCAUUUUGUCUAUAAAAUGAGGCCUUGUUUUUCAGCUUCAUCUGCAGUUCUAUGUGAAGAUUGACAAAUCAGUUUUUACCUGUUUAUUAAUAAAACCUAAUUUGGAUAUCUUGAGUUGAUGGUUUUGUGAUUUAGCUGGGUAAACUGUCUUUGUAACAGAUAAGUUAUUUAUAAAAAUUAAAAAAAAAAAUUAUAUUCUAAUGUUUGUUUUUGUGAUUUGUUUACUUAUUCCAUGCUGUGGAACAAGAGAAUGCUCAGCAGAGCAGUAAGUAUUAACAGUAUUAAAAAUCAGAUGAUUUCUUAUGACCACAGGUUUCGUAUGAACUUCUGGCUUGUACCUUGCCUCCAUUCAUUGCAAUGGGAGGAGAGGACAUGGCAGAUGUACUCAGUAUGCUUCAAGGGUAUAUGACUUCUAAAAAUAGUUUUCUAAUUCAAAGUGAGCAACCACACUGUCCAAGGUAAUGUAUGAAAUACUUCUGUGCACUAUUAAUGUAAAUAUAGUUUAAAGUCUAAGCUUUAUUUUGUUGCAGUGUAUAUUGUAAUAGACGUGGAAUGUUCCUGGACACGUCUCUUCCACUUGCUCCAUUUAGAGGGAGACUUUGUAUGGUACUUGUCCUUUCCUGAGACACAGAAUUUUACCUCAUGGUUGUUGCGUUCCUUCUGUAUUUCAUGCCACGUAUACUAUUGGACCCUGCUUCAAAUUGAUAUCAAUAUAUCAACAUAGCACUGUUGUGUUACAAAAGGGUGGGAUUUUAAGACUAAAUUUUUUUGAAGGUGAAGCAGAACUAGAUUUCACAGCUGAAUUUUCUCCUUUUCUUCCUGGAAGAUAAAUAUAAAACACUGAAUGCAGUAAGGUUAAAUUCAUCUCCUGAGUGUCGGUAGUUUGUCUUGGAUACUGCCUGGUGCUUUUACAUUUCUGUAAUUUCUCUGUCGGGGAUCUGUGUAAUUGUUAAAUACAAAUAGAGGAUGCCCUUUCAUAGCAGAAAGGGAGAAAUACGCUUCUUGACUUUCAGAGAUACUCGUAUUUAUUUUUCAUGACUGAAGUGCUCAUCGCUGGGGACAAACUUCAACGUUGGAAUAACUUCAGUAAUGCUGGCAGUGAAACUGAGAUGAGCUGGGCUGCUGUCAUGUCAGUUCUGUAGAAGGGAUUUCAGUUCAUGCUGUUACAGCUUUCUAGGUAAGUCAGAAGAUUCUGCAGUCACCAGUGAGUCCUGUUGCUUAGGAGUAUGGUUAUGUUUUGGAUUAAUAUUUGGUAAUUUCUGUCCCACCUAGAGAUUGUGAAACUGUGAUCAGUAUUGCCACUGGUCUGUUUUAACUGUAUGAGUUUACAAACCAGUUCUGUGAUCUUGAAUUGUACAUGUUCACUGUAAAUUGUAGGUGCCCAAAGAGAACUCAUUUCCAUGUUAAGGAAAGCAUCCUUUUAAGUGUUACAUUUCUUGAAUCAUAUUCCUCUACCUUGUUUGUAUGUUGGAGCCCAGACACAAAUUAAAGGAAGAGUUGAUGGUAGAUACUGCAGGAGGAUGUGUGUGUGUGUGUGUGUGUGUGUGUCUAUGCUUUUCAAUACAAAUAAUUCCGUAUUCCAAAAUCAGAGUAUUGCUAAAAUUAUAGAAGAAAUCUUGCUGUAAUGAACUGGAUUCUUAGUAAUUUUUGUGGAGCCAUGGCAACUCUUACUAAUAUUUGGUUCUAGCUUCAGAUAGCAAGGAAAUUGUUUGGCUUAUUUUAUCUUUUGUUUGUUUUUUUUUGAAAUUCCUUUCCUUGUAACUUGAAUGGAAAGCACAAGUGUUAAAGUUCUGAUUCAUUUUUAGAAUAUAAUUAUUGCAGUCCUUUUUCCAACCCUGACUAUACUUGAGUAUCUUUAAGUGCUAGUUUUGAAGAACAGUCUUUUUGAUUCUUAUGUAGUCCAGUAUAUCUCUUGAGGUCCAUGUUUGUGCAGGCUACAAAGAAUGAGAGAACUGGAGUUGUUAGUAUGAAAUACUUGAGGACUGCAGACUCCAUGAUGAGCUUAGGUGGUACAGAAAACCCUUGAUGCUGAACAUGGAGAAUGAUGUGAUUAUUUUUUUAUUUUUUAUUUUUGAUGUAAUUCUCAGUGUUCUUUAUUUGGCUUUCUGUGACAAGCAAUUCUGUACCAGUGGUGUGCUUUCUUCUGUAGCAGUUACUCAGAUACUACCACCUUGAAGGAAGGAAGGGCACUAAGAAAUACUUCUGUGUAUGUAAAUGUCAAUGUAAACAUAGUUUAAUGACUAAGCUUUAUUCUUUUGCAGUGUAUGCUGUAAUAGACAUGGCAGGCUCUUUUCAGCAGUGCACAGUGCUAAUGCAAGAGACAGUGGGCACAAACUGGAAUACAGGAAGUUCCAGCCAAACACCAGGGAGCAUUUGUGCACCAUGCAGGUGGCA